CGGGUCCUCAAAACCUCUGGGGGCUUGUUUGUUUUGCGACUGAGCGGCUCCGCCCUCGGGGUGUCGUCACGGCUUGGGGGUGAGGCUUUGGACCUACUGCGCAGGCGUCGUCCUGUGGUACCCUCGUCUGUUCGAGUAACAGGUUGAUCGCCAAAAGCUGCCGCCUAGUUUGUUGGCUCGUCUCUCUUCCAGCUCUUAAAGGGUUUGGGGACCAGGGAAGAACCCCGUGUGUCAUUUGUCUCUCUCCUCCUCCCGUUCGCCCCAGUCACUCAUCCCUUCUAAGUCAGUCAGACGCUGGGGCCAGAAGUCUGGGAAAGCCGUAAGUCUGGCUACCUGUUUAGCGUGUAGUAGUAAGUUCUCGGUUUCCGGAGUCUUUAAGCAAAGACUGGAGUUUGGUGAUGGUGGAGUAUAAGCGUUCCUAAACUGGAUAAUGUAGUAGAUGACCCCUUUUAAAACAUCAGCCCCCAGCGACAACCCGGCCGGCACUUGCUACUCAAAACUAAACGCCGGGAGAGAGUGGGUCAGUCUUAAGUAUUUGGAGUGACCGUCACUGAGGUAGAUCUGCAGAAGCUUCGCCCCAACCACGCAGGCCGUCUCGGUGCUUCCUGUUUCUCACGCUCUGGGUUUUCAUUCUCUAAGGGCUGAGUACACGCUUCCUCUGGUGCAAAAACCUUUCGGUUUUUAAUGAAGGCAGCUCCUCAUCAGCCACUCAUAACCAAGAAAAAUUUGAUAAGUAAAUCUCUGUAGAAACGCUAAUUCGGGCCUGGAAAUCCCAGGAACAAGUGUCAAUUUGUCACUCCUUAAGGACCUGAAAGUCCCAGAAACUUGAUGGUGGUGAAGCUCUGGUAAUUAUUUAGAAAGACUGAGAAUUUAAUAGAUCGCCUGGGGCCUUGGCCUGAGACCUGGGAGCCUGUGAAGUGACCGGGAAGCCAUGGAAGCAGCUGAGAAAAAGGAAAUCAGUGUUGAAAAUGAAGCUGUGGAUAAAAGCAUUUUCAAAGACUGCAGCAAGAUUGCUUUCUACAGGCAUCUGUAUACUCCAAAUCUGUAGGCGUCAUAAACAGCGGCUCUCCAAGAAGUCUACCUAUCGGGCAUUACUAAACUCAGUCACGACAGGCAAAGACAGCACCAGGUUCCAAAUCAUCAACGAAGCAGCUAAGGUUUCUCUCCUGGCUGAAGUUUAUGGUAUAGAAGGAAAUAUUUUCAGGCUUAAAAUCAAUGAAGAAACACCCUUGAAACCCAGGUAUGAAGUUCCUGAUGUCCUCACAAACAAGCCAAGCACUGUAAGGCUGACUUCAUGCUCAGGGGAUACAGGCAGUCUGGUAUUGGCAAAUGGAAAAGGAGAUCUGAAGUGUCACAUCACAGCAAACCCGUUCAAGAUAGACUUGGUGUCUGAAGAAGAGGUUGUGAUGAGCAUAAACUCCCUGGGCCAGUUGUACUUUGAGCAGCUGCAGAUUCCUCUCAACCAAAGAGCUACCAAGGAAAAUGAGGAGGAUGCAUCAGUUGAUAACACUCAGGAAAAUCAAGAGGAGCUAGGCCUGUGGGAGGAGAAAUUCGGAAAGUUUGUGGAUGUCAAAGUUAAUGGUCCUGCCUCCAUUGGUUUGGAUUUCUCCUUGCAUGGGUUUGAGCAUCUCUAUGGGAUCCCACAACAUGCAGAAUCACACCAACUUAAAAAUACCAGUGAUGGAGAUGCUUACCGUCUUUAUAACCUAGAUGUCUAUGGAUAUAAAAUACAUAACAAAAUGGGCAUUUAUGGUUCAGUGCCUUAUCUCCUGGCCCACAAACUGGGCAGGACUUUAGGCAUUUUUUGGCUAAAUGCCUCAGAAACACUAGUGGAGAUCAAUACAGAACCUGCAGUAAAGUACACACUGACCCAGAUGGGCCCAGUUGCUGCUAAACAAAAGGUCGGAUCUCGAACUGAUGUGCACUGGAUGUCAGAGAGUGGAAUCAUUGAUGUUUUUCUACUGACAGGACCUACACCUUCUGACGUCUUCAAGCAGUACUCAUACCUUACAGGCACACAAGCCAUGCCCCCUCUCUUCUCCUUGGGGUACCAUCAGUGCCGCUGGAACUACGAAGAUGAGCAGGAUGUAAAGGCAGUGGAUGCAGGAUUUGAUGAACAUGACAUUCCUUACGAUGUCAUGUGGCUGGACAUAGAGCACACUGAGGGAAAAAGGUACUUCACCUGGGACAAGAAAAGAUUCCCAAACCCCCAAAGGAUGCAAGAACUCCUCAGGAGCAAAAAACGUAAGCUUGUAGUCAUUAGUGACCCCCACAUCAAGAUUGAUCCCAACUAUUCAGUGUAUGCUAAAGCGAAAGAACAGGGCUUCUUUGUGAGGAAUCAUGAAGGGGGAGACUUUGAAGGUGUAUGCUGGCCUGGUCUCUCCUCUUACCUGGAUUUCACCAAUCCCAAAGUCAGAGAGUGGUAUUCCAGUCUUUUUGCUUUCUCUGUUUAUCAGGGGUCUACUGACAUCCUCUACAUAUGGAAUGACAUGAAUGAGCCCUCUGUCUUUAGAGGGCCAGAGCAAACCAUGCAGAAGAAUGCCAUUCAUCAUGGCAACUGGGAACACCGAGAACUUCACAACAUCUAUGGCUUUUAUCAGCAAAUGGCCACUGCGGAAGGACUGAUCCAACGAUCUAAAGGAAAGGAGAGACCCUUUGUUCUUACACGUUCUUUCUUUGCUGGAUCACAAAAAUAUGGUGCUGUGUGGACAGGUGACAACAGAGCAAAGUGGAGUUACCUGAAAAUUUCUAUCCCUAUGUUACUUACCCUCAGCGUGACUGGGAUCUCUUUUUGUGGAGCUGAUGUAGGCGGCUUUGACGGGAAUCCAGAGGCAGAGCUGCUAGUGCGGUGGUACCAGGCGGGAGCCUACCAGCCCUUCUUCCGUGGCCACGCCACCAGGAACACCAAGCGACGGGAACCCUGGCUCUUUGGGGAGGAGCACACCCGGCUCAUCCGAGAAGCCAUCAGAGAGCGCUAUGCCCUCCUGCCCUACUGGUAUUCUCUGUUCUACUCUGCACACGUGGCUUCUCUACCCGUCAUGAGGCCUCUGUGGGUAGAGUUCCCUGAUGAAUUAAAGACUUUUGGUGUGGAAGAUGAAUUCAUGCUGGGAAGUGCUUUAUUGGUUCAUCCAGUCACAGAACCAAAAGCUACUGUGGUUGAUGUCUUUCUGCCAGGAUCAAAUGAGGUCUGGUAUGAUUCUAAGACAUUUGCUCAUUGGGAAGGAGCAUGUGUUAUAAAGAUCCCAGUAGCCUUGGACACCAUACCAGUGUUCCAGCGAGGUGGAAGUGUGGUACCAAUAAAGACAACUAUAGGAAAAUCCACAGGCUACAUGACUGAUGCCCCAUAUGGACUCCGGGUGGCCCUAAGCACUAAGGGUUCUGCCGAGGGUGAAUUCUAUCUUGAUGAUGGCCAUUCAUUCCAAUACCUCCACCAGAAGCAAUUCUUGCACAGGAAGUUUUCGUUCUCCUCAGGUGUUUUGAUCAACAGCUGUGCUGACGAGAAGGGUCAUUAUCCCAGCAACUGUGUGGUGGAGCAGAUCUUGUUCCUAGGCCUCCAGAAGCAGCCAUCUUCUGUGACCACCCACUCACCUGAUGGUAAAGCUCAGCCUGUGGAUUUUACAUAUUGUGCCAAAACAUCCACCCUGAGCCUGGAGAAGCUCUCACUGAACAUUGGUGCUGACUGGGAGGUCCACAUCCAGUGACAGAGCAGUGCACCUGGUGACAAGUGCUGGGAGCAGCUGCACCUUUCCGCCUUUCCAGGGGCCUUUUUUAUUGCGAUUUGUGCCGCAUGCUAAUUGACUUCUCUGGCUCAAAGCCAUCUUUCAAUUAGUCACCAGUUUACUAACGAACAAUCAAUUUCAAGUUUUUCAGAUGUUACAUUUUUAGAUGUGCUAGUAAUACUCUUUGUGUCACACACCCCCUCUUCUCCUACAUACAGGUGGUCCAGAGACAUUUAUAGAGUUCACAUUGCUCCUUGGGCCAUGGCCUGUGGUAUGCACUGUUGCCCAGUGGGCAGCUGCUCUUUGAGCACAGCUGGAUGGGUUUGUUUUAUGUGAGAGGUGGGCCAAGCCCACCCACCUUGUGGAAACUUGUCUUAGCCCAUGUCGCAGAGCCACUAGGGCUCCAGCAGCUGAGCUGCUCAAGGCCUAUCUCUAAGUUGACAGCAGCCUCUGGUGCCCGCCCCACCCUAAUUAUCUGUUACCCUCUUAGACCUAGGCAAGACAACCCUUUUCUGCUUGCACUGCAUUCACUGCAGCAACAGGGAGUUACUCUACACUAGAGACUGACUCAGGAACACAAAGGGUUCUUUUCCUUGCCAUGUGUUUUGGGCUCCAGAGUUCCAAAUUAAUCUCCUUAAAAUUCUAACUUCUUUAUAUUAAUUGUUUUUAUUAAAUACUGUUCACUAACCAAAGCUUAUUUGUAACAUAAGUAAGCUAUAAUUAAAAAUAAUAAAAUAAAUACCUAUGUCCCCACCCUCAAACUUCAGAAAUAGAACACAGGGCUGGGACAAGGGUGAGGCAAGUAAGGCACUUGCCUGGGGCACAAAAUUUAAGGGGAGGCCCCAGAUCACAGUAAUCAAAAUAAAUAAUAUUUUAAUGCAAUAUUUUUAAAAAUCAAAAUUAGUGCAAAAAAAAAUCUAUGAUGAACAAAAUACCAAAAUUUUAAAUGAGGACAGGAUAAUAAUAAUAUUAUUAAUAAUAAUAUUACUGCAUUUUACUUUUGCCUCCGACUCCAGGACAGCUUGGCGUGGGCUAGAACGCUACACCAUGCCAGUUCCCUAGGAUUCUCCCCAGGGACUCCCUACGGCCGCAGCAUCUGCUGGGGCAGCCGCAUGGCCUCAGCAUUGCUCAGCAUGCACAUUUGCAUAUCAGGCUUCCUCCACUUAGCAACUUGCCAGCUGCCACCUCUGUGCCUUCUGUUCCCUGGGCCCCAAUAUCCACUGCCUCCCCUCUACCAAUGCAAAUCCUGCCAUCCAUCCGAGCCAAACUCAAAUCCCACUUCCCCACAGAGCCUUUCCAACUACCCUAACACCCUCAAUUCCCCUUUACCACGAGCAGUGAUUUUGCCCUUCUCUGAAAUGCUGCCUCACUCAUAGUAUUCGUUCUGCUUAGCAUUCUCAGGGAUGGUCCCUCAGUGUUUCAGGUCUGUCUUGUUUCACUACUAGAUUGUAUGUUCUUCAAGAUCAUGUUAUAUUUGUCUUCUAUCUGCCAGAGCACCCUUAUACUUGGCUUUUAGAAAUGGUUGGCUGUAACUGGUUGACUGAUGGAUUUGAUUGAUUAAAACUUGAGAAUUGAAUAUAUCUGUUUCUGAUUUACUUUUCUGACAUAGGACUCUUCCCUCCAGGUAUA